GUUGCGGUCGCGACUUUCCCCCACACGCAGCAUAAGGCGCCGAAGCUACAAGCGACUACUACUAGAGAUCAGGAAGAGGUGUUGAAUACCUGAGCUAUAGGCGUCCGAAGCAGCUGCCCGAGAUGGGCCUCUCUUACAACAAGUACAUAGACAAGGAACCAGGCAAGGUUUACGGCUGCGCAAAGUGCAAGACCCACCUAGCUGCUGUGGAAGCUGUCAUUGCAAGAAGCUUCCAAGGACAGCACGGCAAAGCGUACCUCUUCGAGACUGUCUGUAAUGUGAAUGAGCAGCGACAGGAGGAGCGCAACAUGACGACAGGCAAGCAUCUUGUGCGCGAUAUACAUUGUCGCCGCUGUGAUCAGUGCGUCGGCUGGAAGUAUGACAAGGCAUACGAGGAAGAUCAAGUGUACAAAGAGGGCAAGUUCAUCCUUGAGUAUGCCCUCUUGACCAAGGAUUUGGCCUAAAUUCUGGCGAGACAAUUGAGGUGAGUGGCAAGUUUUGGCGUCUGCGAGUAUCUACUACUGUUUCUUCAUCUACUGCGAGUCUGUAUCUGUAGCCUGUGCGAUUGCUUUUCUCUGUUCUGCUUGUUGGCCAAACGCAUGGUGCAUCUCUAGAACACCUGUUC